UGCUUGGAUCCUCCUGCCUUGCGACGAGCGAACCUGACUGAUCAGCGUCAAAGACGAUCCAACGCGCGCUGGACGCUGGCGGAGGAUAACCGUGUUGAGAGGCCCACGGGGUGUGUGUUCAACCACGGUCGAUAUUGUCAAUGGCGUCCUUCUUUUCCACACUGCUCCUUCUGGGAGCUACCGCGCUACCAGCUCAAGCCGCCAUCGCGGCCUGGUUCACCGAGAUUGGACCCCAGGUCAUCCUCCAGAACGCGACGACUGGCCUCAUCCGAUACAGUUCCUGCAACAGUUACGAUAUUCCAAAGUACUCGUACACCGAUGGCAGUGUUUUCUCACUCACUUACAAGCCCAAAGCGGGCUCACCGUUGGCGGGAGCCGGAUGGUGGACUCAGUUGACGACAAUAGCGUCGAUAUUUUACAUUGCAGAGGAAGGCGGCAUUGCCAAUGCCCUGUUCGAAUGCAACAUGAGCACCGGCUUGUUCCAGAGCCAAGGAAACUGGAUAGUCAGCGGUCAAGCACCCAGCAUCCAUAAAGAUACAGGUCUUGCUAUUGUCCUCCUUGGCGAAGACAGCGGUUACCGUGUCUACUAUCAUGACCGCGAAGGCGCUAUCAACGAGCUGGGAUACACACCCCGGGAUAACUGGCAGUAUCGUGGCCUCAUCUCCCAGGAUAUCAACUCCUUACCCGCAUUAGCUGCCGCAUUUAGCAGCCACGACAACAUCACCGUUGCCUCUCCUCGUGACGAUCAAAACAUUGCCAUUACGAGGUGGCAUAAAGAUGACAGUUGGCACAGAUCAACUCUACCACAUGUGCUACAGGGUGACAUCGCCACAAAUGAAACAGUCAGGAAUGAUAUUGCCAUCAAUGAGACGGCUACGGCCAACUUCAGCCUGCCGGCAUGGGAUGGCAAGUUGACUUCCCUGGGCAUCAGCGUUGACGGUCAGAGCACACGGUUGCUCUGGUACAUUGGCAACGACAGCAGUCUUUACUCAGUGGCAGACGAGAAUUCGUAUUGGACCCAGCAGGCCAACCAAUCCAACGCCUUCUGGCCGCUUGCGGACAAGCCGAACGCCGAUCUCGCAGUUGCCCACCACUCGGGCAGCAGUGACGUACGUAUUUAUUACAUGGUCAAGGGACAACUCAGCGAGAUUAAGUACGAGGACAAACUCUGGAAAGCGUGGUCGACCGUCGCACCACCCCCGCCGCCGCCGGCGACACAGUCCGGGGCGGCGCCUUCCUCGACAGAUUCGGCCUCGGCCGACACUGGCCUCAGUCCUGGCGCCAAGGCGGGCAUUGGUGUUGGAGUCUCGCUGGGCGCCAUUGCUCUGGGCACAAUCGUUGCCGCCGUCGUUUUCAUGCGGCGCAGGAAGCAACUAGCGCUCCAGCAGCAGCGACCCGAGGCGGAAGACGGAUCCGCCAGCAACCAGAGCUCAUUCGGUUCUCCGACUUCCAUGAGUGGAGGCUACGCGUGGGAAAAGCACGCAUACGCUGCCUCUAAUCUCCAAGUAGUGCAUCAGUUAGACGAAACCACCAGCCCCACCGAGCUGGCAGUCCCUCAGCCCGUAUUUGAGCUGCCUGUCCAGCCAUACUCCCAUGAGCUAGGGGCGGGGCCGUCUUGGCGGUUUGUAGAGAAGAAGGAAAUUUCAGAUAAUAAGACAUGAAGGAAGACAUACUUUUGUAUAUGUGAGGAAUAUUGCUAGUACAACACAUAACAUCUAUUCAAAGACCAUCAUACCAACCAUACAUGACCUGUGUCAACAUUACAAGAGAAUCGAGCUGGAUAUCUAUCCUGAGAUGCAAU